AUGAACACUACUCCAAAAACAGAGCCUAUGCCGAACACUCCUACCCCAGAAGCAGCUGCUCCUGCUCCUCAAAAAGCCAGUCGUGGUCGAAAACGUCGCCGAGACGUGUCUCCAGACAACCCAAAGAGCAUCAUCAAGCAAGUCCGCCGAUGCAAGGCCAACGAUCGAGAGCGAAAUCGAAUGCACGGUCUCAACGACGCUUUGGACGAGCUCAGAGCUGUCUUGCCAACUUACCCCGACGAGUCCCGACUUACGAAGAUCGAAACUCUUCGCUUCGCCUACUCCUACAUCUACGCCCUUACCAACAUGCUCGAGAAAGAAGGAGUAGACUUCGACAUGCCCCCUGGAAUGCGAAACGAAAUGAUGAACCCCAUGCAAGGAAUGAACGAUCCCUACGCCGCCUCGAUGUUUCCACAGGCCGAUCCAAACUCUUUCAUCCCGCAAGUCCCACCAAGCUCGAUGGCAAGUGGCCACAUUCCACCUCACACAUUCGACCAGAACCAGACCCAGUCUCACUACGAAAGCAUCGCCAACGAUUCUGGCUUCGCUGAUUCUCCAGAAGGGCAUCGAAACAUCGGCUCACCUGGUUACCCAACACCCGAAGCAGGAAAGUUCGAAGGAGGAGUUUCUUUUUCUCCGGAUCAUUCUAACGCCACUGGCUACCACCAGCAAUCCCCAGUCGGAAUGGGAGUUUCGAUGCACCACGCUGGACAGCAGUACCCACCAGCUCCUCUUCCCUACCAACAACUUGGCCACCCAAUGAUGAAUCCUCACUUCAGCCAGCAAAUGGCAAUGCCUGGCUCGGACAUUCCGACUCCCUACGCCUGCGAAGAACCACCACGACCAGUAUCAGAAUUCCCGACUAUGUAA